CGUUGUUGACAUUCCUGCCAGGUUGCCUGCCUGCCUGUCAUGCUGCAUUGGGCUGAAAAGCGGCCUUCCCCCCCCCCAAAAGCAACGUGGUUGUUUUGCCAAGGAAACAGAGACAACAAUCACGAAGAAACGAAAGCAAAGAAGAUAAAAAAAAUCAGCAUACCUCAAAGAUAAUCAUUUUGGCUGGUGAGGCGGGUGAAGAUGAAAAGAGAUGGGAAUGAAGGUAAAAAGAGACGGGGCUGGAAAAGAAAGGAAGGGAAAAGGAAGAGGAGAAAAAGAGGGGAAGAGUUGAAGAUUAAUAUUGCUUUUAGUGGCGCUGUUUUCCCUCCAACUUUGGUGGGGUCGUUUUUUUUUUUCUCGCUGGCUUUUUUUCCCUUCCAAUUUUCCUUCUUUUCCCUCGAGGGGCAAAACGGAUACGCUAACCGGAUUGGGCCGUGGUCGAUUUGUCUCGGCCUGAGAGGGAAAAUGCAUCAGAGAACUGGAAAGAGUCUGGAGUCUGCAGUGGAAAAGUCCGAUGGCAAAUCUGAUAUUGUGCUUGUGUAGAACAGUGGGGUUGUUUUCUAUAAUGGGAGAGAGUGGUUGCUGUGUCUUUUGAAUUAUGAGUACUUUGGAGGUAAGAUGGAGAUUGUUUGCUGCAUAAUGUCUACAGGU